GCUUAGAUGAAUCAAUAAUCUCCCAUCUCCUCUGUCUCUCCUUACAAAAUCUUGCAGAUACCCUUUACCCAUUUCUCCUUUCUCAGUGUUUGAUUCUCAUGUCCAUCCAUGCCGCCUCCUCUCUCUCUCUCUCUCUCUCUCUCUCUCUCUCUCUGCCAUUUCAGUUUUACCCUAAGACCAUGCCCUGAUUUUCUUCUCUAUAAGACCCUCUUCUUCAGCAGUCCUCUCAGCCCUCUGUGAUUAAUAAGAGAGAGAAAACAGGGGAAGUGGGUCGAGCAAGAAAACUCUGUUCUUUCUUUCUUCAUCGUUCUUCUCCUACUUGAAAUCACUGGCUCUGUGUGGUUUGAGCCAAUGGAAGACAAAGGGAAUGGAUGUUUCCUUCUCUGAUCAGUCUCCUAAAUCCUCACCUCUCUCUCUCUCAAUGAAAUUUGACUAAAAGGGCACCCUCACCACUGAACUGUAAUUCCUGCUUCCACAGUAAUGGCUCCGAGCUUUGUCGACAGCCCAUUCUCGGGACUCCUCUGUGUGGAGGACAACAACAGUGUGUUCCUCUUCGACGAUAACGAGAGCCCUCGGGCCGUAGACUCGUCCGAUGCCGCGUGGCACCGCCAAGGCAGUGGCUUUGACGAUGCUGGGGAAGGAGAACAUGGGCAGUUGUCGGAAAGGGAAAUGUUGCUCAGUGAGGAGGGGUUAGGCGGGUUGCUGGAAAAGGAAUCUCAGUAUAUGCCCGACUGUGAGUAUGUGAAUAGAUUGAGGAGUGGGGAUUUGGACAUUGGAGCUAGAAAGGAAGCUGUUGAUUGGAUUAGGAAGGUUCAUGCCCAUUUUAGGUUUGGACCACUCUCUGCAUACUUAUCAAUCGGCUACUUUGAUCGAUUCCUCUCUGCCUACGAGCUCCCUAAGGGCAAAGCUUGGAUGACUCAACUGUUGGCUGUGGCGUGUUUGUCUUUGGCAGCUAAACUUGAGGAAAUCGAAAUACCCUUGCCACUCGAUUUGCAGGCGGACGAAUCGAAGUACAUCUUUGAAGCUAGAACUGUAGAGAGAAUGGAGCUUUUGGUGUUGAGCAAGUUAAGCUGGAGAAUGCAAGCUGUGACACCUUUCUCGUUCGUAGAUCAUUUCCUCAGAAAGAUCAAUGGUGACAAAAUGCCAACAAGGGCCACAAUCCUGAAAUCAAUUCAAAUCAUAUCAAGCACCAUAGAAGUUAUUGAGUUCUUGGAAUUCAAGCCUUCAGAUAUAGCGGCGGCGGCGGCGGCAAUAUCUGUUGAGGGUGAAAGCCGAACAGUGGACACAACGAAAGCAGUUCUUAUCCUCUCCCAACAUGUCGAAAAGGAAAGGGUCCUUAAGUGCAUUGGACUGAUUCAUGAUCUCGUGUUGACCGGUUGUUCCACAGAAGGUGCAGCAACAACGACCUCUGUGCCUCAAAGCCCGAUCGGGGUUCUAGAUGCGUCAUGCUUGAGCUAUAGGAGCGAGGAAACUGCAUGCGGUUCUUGUAAUGAUUCUUCACACCACAACACACCACAAACUAAGAGGACCAAGCUCGAUAGAUAGUAGACCUCUUUAAAGUUCGGCCAUAUGAUGGAUAAAAGAAAAGGCAUCAGUUUGGUUUCUUUGUUGAGUGGGAGUUUUGGUGGUGUACAUGAGGAGAGGUUGCCCUCCAACAAGAAAACUGUCAGAAGCAGUGCAGGUGGAAGUUGGAUUUUUUUUUUCUCCGCUGGUGAGGGAGUUUGAAUAAGGUGGUUCAUGAGAUAAGGAUGAGGAGCCAGUGGCACAACCAAAGAAGGGACCAUAUAUAUGAUAUGUUUGAGGUACUCCCCUUAUUAGAUGAUUUGAGCCGCGAGUUAUCGGGAUUGUGAUCCAAUACUUUUACGAGCCAUUGCCUGCAGAAUGAGUCACUGGGUGUUAAAUAUUAGACUUCUUAGCAGCUAGUGAUUAAGAUGAAGAGAGGAGAAGGGGAGAAUGGGAAGGAAGUCUUCUUCUUCCGAGGAGUUUUGCUCUUGCAAGGACAAAGAGAGAAGCUGAAAGAAGUAGCAAGAAAGAGAGAGAGAGAGAGAGAGAGAGAGAGAGGAAAAAAAAAAGGUAGUUUUAUGGGACUAUAUAUAUAUAUAUAUAAUAAAUGUGUUUUUUUGUCUUGUGAUUUGUUUAAUUCGUGUUUACUGGAUGCUACAUUUCAGUGGAUUAUUAUUAUUAAUUUAUUUGUCUGUUGCUUUGUGAA